AUGGCACCCUCGCCUCCAUCGUCCUCACACUCCACGGCGGACUCCACCACCUUAGCAGAUAUUGGUGCUGAGCUUCACUCCAUGGCUGCACAGACAGUCACCAAUCAGGACAUGGCAACUGUCUUUGCCACCCUGCAUGAGGCGAUUCAUGCUGAAGUCACUGCACUGAAGGCUGAGGUCUAUGCCCAUGACUUCAGGCUCCUCUCUCAGGAGACCUGCACACAAGCUCUGACGGACGAAGCACACGUGACUAAUAAUGCUAUCACGUGGCAAGGCUCCAUGCUCCUGGCCUUGAGACGCCAGCUGGAGGAACUGGUUAAUCGCAGCUGCAGGAGCAAUAUAAGGGUACACUGGGUGCAGGAAACCCAGGGACUGGAGAAUGCAGAGGAAGUUCUCUCCUCCCUCUUCUGCCUCAUACUGAUCAGCCUUCCACUAUCAGGUUUGAGCAGGCACACCAAACUGCAAGGCCCUGAAUACGAAACAGACCUCCACGCAGCUUUAUUUGCUGUCUCCACUUGUAUCAAGUGA